AUGGUGGUGCUCGUCGACAAAGAGACGGCACGAUACGCCUCCCCACCACCAGCACGGCGUCCAGGGCUUCGCCAGGACUCUGGUCAAGCUGGCCCGCAGGAAAAAGAAACCAACAUCACUUUCGGCUCCCUCAGCAACGCGGUGGGACGCCCUUUUGGGUGGCCUCAAGACGUGGCACGCGCCGCGGUCGAUAUCGCAAAUCUGAUCAACGAGGACCAUGACCAAGCCGAGCCAAACCCAGCCGUGGAGGUCGCCAUUGGGCUCGUCUUCAACACCGGCACCGGCUGA